CACGUGACCACUGACUAGACCUAUAUAUCUACGCGCUAAUUAAGUGCCCCAAACACACCCCCCAACCCCCGCGUUAUUCUCUCGUCAGUACACAAGGCCAUGAGCGGCGGCUGGAGACUUGCUCCCAUAGGAAGAUUUGCUUUUCCACGUCUCUGUAGCUCAGCGGCUCCACGACAAAAGUGGCAGGCGAUCUCUGCGAGGUUCCCAUCCACACUUCAUCAUCCUGCCUCCUUGCCAGCUCCUCCAUUCCGCUGCUUCAAUUCGAUCGUCAAUGAGAACAUAUACCACCCCGAGCCAGAUUUGGAGGAUCUGGAGGGAUAUACCCCAGGCGGUUAUCAUCCAACGUCCAUUGGAGACAGCAUUUGUGAUGGCCGCUACACCGUUGUCCACAAGCUUGGGUUUGGCGGCUAUUCAACAAUCUGGCUUGCUCGCGACAACCAGACCGAACGCUAUGUAUCACUGAAGAUCCUGGUCGCGUCCAAAUCACAAGAUAGUCAGGAGGGUACAAUCCUCUAGCGGCUUGCGAACAGCGCCAUGAAGCAUCCAGGCCGACGUUUUAUCCCGCGUUUGGUUGAUCAGUUCUUCUUUGAUGGGCCCAACGAGCAUCAUCGAUGCUUGGUCGGGGAGCCCGCAGGGUGCAGUAUAGCGCAUUCCCAGGAGAAUAACACUAACUACAUGUUUCCACUGGAUGCUGCGAGGUCUCUUGCCGCUCAGCUUAUCAUGGGCUUGUCCUAUUUACAUGCAAAUGACAUUUGCCAUGGAGAUCUCCAUUUACACAACUUCCUUCUCCGUCUUCCUAAUUUCGACAGCCUCAACUCAACCCAAAUAUAUGAACGGUUUGGCAAGCCGUUCGAGAUUCCCAUCCGGCGCAUGGACGGGAAACCCACCACGCCCCAUGCGCCACUACGCGUUACCCACCCUCUGGUCUGGAACAUGCCUUCAAACGAGCUCCAUAGCCCUGAAGUUAUCAUAACCGACUACGGGACCUCUUUUAUUGCGUCGCAGACAGCUUCCCCAACCCUCCACACGCCAGCUCUGUAUGCUCCACCGGAAGACUUCUUCAAGGAGCCCAUAACACUGGCUGCAGACAUAUGGACUCUAGGUGUUGUCUUAUAUGAGGUGCUGGGUGAACGCCCACUUUUCGAAACUUUUGCAUGGGACCCCGACGACAUUCUUGGUGAGAUGGUAAACGUCCUAGGCCAACCACCGGAAAGGUGGUGGAAGGCUUGGGCGAAUCGCCAUGAGUUCUUCAACCCGGACGGCUCGUGGAUCUCCGACUUCCGGCGCAUCAACACGCCUGAGUUCCGGCGCCUCCGUCAGCGCAUGUGGGACAUGGACCGAGGCGAGACAAUUGAAUCGUGCGAGUGGGAUGUUAAGGGUGGCGAGCUCAAUGCACUUGAGGAUAUGCUUAGAGCCAUGAUGUCGUUUGAGCCCGGGGAAAGGCCAUCGGCAGAGCAGCUCCUCGCUUCGGAGUAUAUGGCCAAGUGGGCAUUGCCGGCGUGGGAGAGGCAGUGGAAGCGAGAGAGCUGAGAUUACUGUACCAUAUGUGCUUGGCGACCAACCCACCAUUUCGUCUGAGUCUGGCGGCAACAAUUCCCCUGCAGGCGGGGCGUGAAGCUCAACCGCAACACCAUUUCCACUCACGAUUGAAUGCGGAUAUAGCGUUGCCUAUGUAUAUACUUGGCACUCUGCUGUCCUCAACAGAGAGCUGUCGUUGUUCCCGCUCGUCGAUCUGCCUAGACCGUAUGCCACGUCAGAAUGCAUGAAUCUACAUCUGAAAAGUGACACCGGUUGAUAGGGUAUUCGGACUAGUAUUCCAGCUGGCCGAUCAUCGCAUGCCCCGACUGGUAGCAGCCAGUAGUAGUAUCAUCCCUCUUCCAACGGAAUGAACUUUUAAGCAGCUGUUGCUGCCCCUCCUUUUCUUUGUUCUUUUGCAUCAGAUUGCCGUCGUCACAUAUUGCAGGGGUCAACGUCAUGCCACGGUAUAGCUGGAACAAAUACCAUAUACAAAGCACCCUUUCAGCAAUGUAUCUACUCCCUGUCCGCGACCUGAACAGCUCCAAUCUGCGUACCGUGACGCAAAAAUGGUCAAAUGAGUUCUAGUCGGGUACGGCAUUGACGUCGACGCCGUGAGCGGCCUGGAUUGAUAAGGAUUAAUACACGAGGUGACGAGAUAGCUCCCCU